CCAAGCAAGUGCCUGCCCAGCCCAGGCAGCACACCGGGGGACAGAUCGGGACAACCUCAAGUUGCUGCCAGGGCUGGGGUGGUGGUGAACUGCAGUGUGGGAGUCCUUGCAAGAGCAGCCCCCUUGGGUUUACUGUCUGGAUUUCCACCUGGCACCGCCACAGGGAGGCUGAGAACUUUCUGCCAGCACAUUUAAACACAGCAGAGCCGGGAACCGCGGGUGUAAAGGUCAGUGGUGCAGGAGCCGCGGCGAGCUGCCCGGACUUCAGCCUUUCCUUUAAAUCUGCGGCUAGAGAAACUCAAAGCAAAGUUCAGCCGAAGCCUGAGCAGCGAAGGCACGGCACUGCCCCACAAGUUGAUCGCACGCUGGCCAGUUGCCUGCUGCAGGACAGCAUGGUGCGACGCGUGGCCGUUAUUGGGGCCGGGGUCGGUGGGUUGGCCUCCAUCAAGUGCUGCUUGGACGAGGGGCUGGAGCCCACCUGCUUUGAGAGGAGUGAGGACAUCGGGGGGCUCUGGCGGUACACGGACUCCAUGGAUGGUGGGAGGAUCAGCGUGUACCGCUCAGUCAUCACCAACACCUCCAAGGAGAUGUCCUGCUUCAGUGACUUCCCAUGUCCAGAGGAUUUUCCCAGUUUCCUACCCCAUGGCCUUCUCCUGGAGUACUUUCGGAUGUACAGCCGGCACUUUGACCUCCUGCGGCACAUACGCUUCAGGACGACAGCUCUCAGCGUAAGGAAGCGCCCAGAUUUCGCCACCUCAGGCCAGUGGGAGGUGGUCACCGAGACCAACGGCAUUCGGGAGUCGCACGUCUUUGAUGCCGUCAUGGUUUGCACUGGCCAUUUCCAGGAGCCCUACUUACCAUUGGCUUUUUUCCCAGGUAUUGACACUCGCUUCAAAGGCCAGUACCUCCACAGCAGGGAAUACAAAGAUGCGGAGGCUUUCCGGGGAAAGCGGGUCCUUGUGGUCGGCAUUGGCAACACCGGUGGUGACCUCUCCGUGGAGCUGAGCCGCGUGGCUGCGAAGGUGUUCCUCAGCGCCAGGAGCAACACGUGGGUGGUCAGCCGGGUCUCGGACCAUGGCUUCCCGUUCGACAUGGUCAACACCACCCGCUUCAACCAUUUUCUUGACUGGUUUCUCCCAUCAGCCAUCACGAAGAGGAUCAGGUUUCGGAAGUUCAAUUCGUGGUUUAACCAUGCGAACUAUGGCUUGGCGUCCACCAAAAGCUCCAACUUUAAGAUAAUUGUCAACGAAGAGCUGCCAUUUUGCCUUCUCUCUGGGACUGUUGUGUUGAAGCCAAAAGUGAGAAAGUUCACUGAAAGUUCUGCUGUUUUUGAAGAUGGGACAACCGAAGAAAACAUUGAUGUGGUGCUCUUUGCCACGGGCUACUCCUUCUCGUUUGCCUUCCUCGAAGAGUCGGUUCGCAGCCUCUUCGACGAUAAUCGUUCCCUCUAUAAACGCAUCUUCCCUCCCCAGCUGGAAAAGCCGACGCUGGCCAUCAUUGGCUUAGUCCAGCUGACGGGCUCUGUGAUGGUGGGAGCAGAAAUGCAGGCUCGCUGGGUGACAGGGAUCUUUGCAGGCUGGAACAAGCUCCCUCCCACUAGCAAGAUGAUGGCUGAUGUUUUGAAGAAGAAGCCGCCAGUCAAAAGGAAUCCAUCCGAGAGGGAGAAUUUGAAGCUAAGUUUUAUCAGCUACACUGAUGAAAUUGCUUCGUGUGCCGGCAUAAAGCCCAGUGUGCUGAGGCUGCUCCUGACGGACCCCCGGCUGGCGCUGGCCAUCUUCUUUGGCCCCUGCACACCCUACCAGUACCGACUGGUGGGACGGGGGAAGUGGAGUGGGGCCAGAGAUGCCAUCCUGACUCAGUGGCAGCGGACGCUGAAGCCCUUGAGAACUCGGGUGGUGGAUGACUCCUCCGAUGGCUCUGACGGCUGGUGCUGGAUGUGCCUCCUGGCCCUGCCGGUGGCUCUCACAGCAGCUUUCCUCCUUUCUAGACACCCCUGGCCGGGCUGGAGCCCCCGGGCAGGUCCCCAGCUGUAGAAGAAACCCGAUGAGACCCGGUCUCGGGCGAGCUGGGGACGGUGCGAAGCUGUGCCGCUGCCGGGUGCUGUCAGCGGGACUGGAACUGGGCCAGUGCCGGCAGGAGCCCGGACCCCAGCGCUGUCGGGUGUCCAGCCUCCUCCUGCCGAUGUUUCACACCCACCAAGGACCAUACGGAGAGUUUACCCCAAAUCUGCCGCAACCCGUGCCCGUGUUGCACCAGCACCGGGCUGGAUCUCCACAGGGCUUUUGGGAAGAGCCAUUUUGGGACAGGCUGGUGUGCGCAGGGCUAGCCUUCCUCCCCCGCCUGCUCGAGCUUCCUCCAUAAAAUUUCAGCAAGACCCACACCACCUUGAGAUUUUCUGAACCACUAACUGUAGAGAUAUUUGUAUUUGUCUGGUAGCUUUUGGGACAUGAAGUAGGGAGCCACAAAUAAACCUCACGGAUUUGG